AGUACCCGUUAUUUCACUCCCUCUCUGUUUCUCUCUCUUGCCAAGAUUGAGGAAGAAGAAAUCUUUCGCUGGUUCAUCAAUGGCGAGUCUUGAUUCACUGAUGAUCCUUACCUUCGCGAGAAUCACCCGCACUGAAGAAGAAUAUGCUGCUCAUAAAUUUCUCCUCGAUCAUCGAUUGUUCUUUAAUUAGGGUUUUUGGGGAUUUACGGAAUCGGAGUUUUCUCUCAGUUGGGGUUUUCUGGGAUUUACGGAAUCGUAGCUUAUUUUCGAUUGUUCUUUAAUUAGGGUUUUUGGGAUUUACGAAAUCGGAGUUUUCUCUCAAUUGGGGGUUUCUUGGAUUUACGGAAUCGGAGCUUUCUUUCAAUUGGGUGUUCGUAACUGAGUCCAAGAUUUCUGAUUUCUGUGAGUUUUUUGUUUUGUGAUCAGCAAAGUGGAGGGAAUCUCAAUGCAGGUCUUGAUGCGCAUUACCGUUUAGAAGAUUGUGCAAACAUUGCGAGUGGAUGUUCUAGUCCAGAGUCUGAAGACGAGUCAAUUCCACCAGUACAAGAGGAAAAUUUUCCUAGGGAACACCUUACUGAUUCUAGUAGAAGGAUUAUUUCUCUUGCUGAUGAUCUGAGUGCAAUUUCUAGCAACAAUCUAGUUGGUCGUACAACAGGGCCACGAGAUUUAGUGGAAGCUCCAGUAGAAAUGAGGUAUGAUGCAUUUGGACGCCGUGGCCAUACACCAAGAGUUCUCCCCAGCAACACUUUGCUUCACGGCUUUGAUGAUCUUGAAGAAGAAAUGAAGGUAAUACGUUUAGAGGAAAAUACAGCUGAGUUAUUUGGAUAUGAGCCAUUUGCACGUCAUGUACAUACACCAAGUGUACCACCCAUCCACACUUCGCUACACGCCAUCAAUGAUCUUGAAGAGGAAAGAAAGGGAGGACAAGACGCUCUUGCUGGACAUAGAAAGUCUCACGUACAAGAUCCCUACCUUGCUCAUGCUAUCUCUCUGUCCUUGGAGACAGCAGAGAAAGAGAAACAGUUGCGUGAGAAAGCUAGUAGGAUUGGAGAAUUAAGAUCUGAAGGUUAUGAGGGAUCCAAUGUAGAGCAACGGCAGAUGAGAUAUUCAAGUAGUGGUGUGGAAGCAAGAAACACAUCCUACCACAGUAAACCCGAUGAUGAAGAUAGCAUGUCCAGAGGUUUUCCUGCUGCUGCGCGUCUGAUCAAUGCUUCUGAUUUAGAUGAGUGGUCUACUUUACAAGAGGCAACAAUGAUUGGUCAAGUUCCUGAAAGCAGAUACCGAUCAGGAACCCUGGCUCCUCACACGCCUUUGCCUUCAGUAGACGCUCAGCGCCGGAUGUGGGAGAAGCAGGAACUUGAGAAGCAUUUGACUGAAAAAGAAGCAUCAUUGCCUCCAGAUUCAGCCAUGGAUGAUGAAAAUACUGUCACCUAUUGUCAUACGUAUGCCAAGUGGAAACCGCCUUGCCUGCCGGUUCAUGAAAUCCCACAAUCUUCAGGCGCUUUUGGACUUCAUUGACGUUAGUAGAUUGAUCAAGCGUAAUACUUACAGAUAGGUGAAACUAUUCCCCCGAGACAUUUGGUGCAGAACAAAGUUGCUUGACAUUGCAGGAGAUUGGCCUCGUAAACAAACAAGAGGAUUUGUUUUUGGAAAUCAUCUAGUUUAUUUCUAACACAUAGCUUUCACUUUCACUUUCACUGUAAAAAUCUAGUCUUUUCUUUAAACAACUCAUUACUUUUGUUUUUUUGUUUUUUUUUGUUUGUGUGUGUUGUUGUAUAUACUAACAUUGUUACAGUGUAAGCAUUAAAAGUUAGAAUAGACAAGAAACUACCCAUUUUUUGUUAA